AUGGCAAUUUCUUUAUUAUACGAAGUUAAAGGAUUUUUGGAUUGUUUUCCACAAAAACAUCAUUAUGAAACGCCAGUAAUUGAAGUUUUGGAUGAGGCAACACCUUAUGUAAUGGAAAAAUAUAUUCAACAUGUUUCUGAGAAUGAAAAGAAAACUUGGCAUAAAGACUUUGCUUCAUUUUGUGAGAUUGUAUCAAAUAUUGGAACUGAUCCGCUUUUGGUAAAUGAAGACCAUGGAAAUGAAUAUUUGCGUUGGGAUGUUUGGGCUAGCGCUCUUUCUGGAUUUUCUGAGCAUCGUUUUCUUCCGUCAAAAUGCACAGUGGCAAUAUCUUUUGCUUGGCCAGCGUUGCUUACUCGUUUCAAUUAUUGUCAUCAAAUAAUUGAUCCAAAUAAUCCGCAAAAUGAAAAUCGAAGUUCUCUUCUAAAAAGCAGCAAAAGUAGAUAUACAAAUUGGCCAUUAUGUGGAGAUAUACUCAGCCAUGAAAAUUAUUUAAGUUUGUGGCAAAAAUAUAUUGUAAUGGUUUUUGGUCUUUUCCAAUCAAAAACUACAUUUUUGUCAAAUCCAUCAUUAAUUAGAAGCUUUUCUCCGUUUGUUUAUUUUUUUUAUUUUUUUUGCUUUUAUUUUUAA